AUGCCUUCCUCUCCUUCAACAAAAUACUACCGUGCAAAGGCGUUUGUCUUUGACCUUGAUGGCACACUCAUUGAUACUAUUCCACUGGUCGAAAAAUUCUGGCACCAAUUUGCAUUCGAGCAUGGUUUGGACGGCAAUAAAAUCCUGGCUACCUCUCAUGGCGUGCGCACAAUUGAAACUAUGGCAAAAUGGACACCAGACAAAGCGACACCUGAACAUGCCCAUGAUUUUGAAAGAAAACUAGCUGAAGAGUCGGAAGGCGUAAGUGUGUUACCGGGUAUUUCUACGUUAUUGCAAAAGAUCCCUCAUGGGAAAUGGGGUAUUUGCACAGGUGGUAAUGAAUACAUGGCAAGAAAGAGGCUGGAGCAGUGCGACAUCCAGGCACCCGACGCUAUAGUCUGUGGCGAUAUGGUGAGUCAAGGCAAACCUCAUCCUGAAUGUUACACGCGUGUGAUCCAAGAGCUGGAGUAUCAGCCUCAAGAUGUCAUUGUGUUUGAAGAUGCACCAGCAGGUGUGGAGGCAGCAGUUAGAGCAGGUGCUCAAGUGAUUGCUUGCGCAACAACACAUACAGUCGAUCAAUUAAAAGAAGCAGGAGCACACUCUGUUGUCCAGCUGUUGACAGAUGUCGAUUUUACUAAUUUACCUGACGGUUCCUUUGAAGUGGAAGUCAAGAGCACAUUGUAA